UACUGGAAGAGUUGCGUGCAUUUUGCUGCAUUCCACCGAACAGGUUUCGAGCAAAAUGAAGGGGGUCUUGAUGUUACUAAUCCUUACAUUUGGAUGGAGUUCCGGAAAAACGAGCAAAUCCGAGCCGCAGAAACAACCCGUACAGUCUUCCGGGAUUAGUGAGCAGGUCGAAAUAUCGCACACAUUCGACACCGAGUCACAGCAAACCAACAACUGGGGCCACAAGCAGUACACAGAGGUCACCAUCACCAAGAAUGUUCCGGUUCCGUAUCCGGUGAAGGUUGAUCGUCACAUUCCUGUUCCCGUUAGAGUACCGUAUCCGGUUGCCAUUCAUAACCGAAUACCAGUUCUUGUCGAGCGGAAGAUUCCGAUCUACGUGGAUAAACCGAUUCCAGUGCAAGUGGAUCGUCCAGUGCCCUACCCGAUGCCGAUCGAAGUGCCCGUGUUUCACCAAAUUGCCGUCGAAGUACCGAAACCAUAUCCGGUGCACGUUCCGAAACCCUAUCCGGUGUAUAUUCCGCGGGAAGAAAAGAAAGUGGAAAAGGUACAAGUGAAGCGGGUUAAAAAGAAUUUAGUGAAACUAGUGAGACAUAGGCACUAACUGUUUACGGGACAGUCAGAACUCUGCAAGAUUUCAUGUUAGUGCAAAUAUUUAUUUAUGUCAAUAAUAGUAAUAAGUCACAAAUAUUUAUGCACUACGCUUGCUAAUUUUACGAGAA